CCCAGGGUGCAGGUUUACCCAGUGAAGCCUACUCCCUCUUCCAUACCUCGUGCAUUACGGGAUUUGUCCCAGGUCCUGCCAAGUCACAGACAGAGACCAGAGAAGGAGCCUCCUUGUGUGAUCUACCCACAAAGAGAUGUCUGGGGGGCAGUGCACUACUCCAGGGGCUGGUUGUGAGUGUGCGAUCUGGAAUCAAAGGGCCCCUUGCAAACCACAGAAAUGGGCACACGGCUUAUUUCUCCGAGCGUAAUGGGCCCCAGGUUCACCCCACACUGUUAAAAGGGGCAGGAUUUCCUUGUAUUUUUUUUUUUUUUUAAACGUCUGAGAGAAAUAAGCCAGACACAGAAAGAAAGACAGAUACCAUGCGAUUUCACUUAAAUGUCGAACUUCUAGAACCAGAGAGUAGAAUGGCGGUUGCCAGAGGCGGGAGAGAGGGCACUGAGGAGGUGUUAGCGAAAGGGUACAAACUUCCAGUUCGAAGAUGAGUAAGUCCCGGGGAUCUAAUUACAGCGCGGUGACUCUGGCUAACAGUCCUCCACUGUGUACUUGAAAUCUGCUGAGAGAACAGAUCCGAAGUCUCUGCGCACGUGCGCGCGCGCGCACACAGUCACUGUGAGGUGAUGGACAGGUUAAUUAACUUGAUUGUGGUUAAUAUCAUUUCAUGACGUAGCCACAUAUGAAAUCAUGUUCUAGAUUUUUUUUUUUUUUUUUAAAGAAAGCAACACAGGCGCAGCAUGCCUCGAAUGCACACACGGUCUGCGAAGGGCCCAAUGUUUAUAUCCUCCUCCAAAUUCAUCCUCCGAAGCCCUACCUGCUCCCCACACCAUGUGGCCAUCUCUGGAGGCGGGGGCUAUGGGAGGCAAGGAGCUCACGCGAGCCGCGUCCGCACAGAUGGGCUUCGUGCUUUAGAAGGAGAGAAGCAAGAGAGAGAUCCACCUCCCCACCAUGGGAAGAUCCGGCAGGAAGGCGGCGGUCCCAAACCAGGGAGAGAGCUCUCACCAGACAGCUCAAAUGGGCCGGCAAGCGGAUGCUGCACCUCCAGCCUCCAGAAGUGCGAGAACUGAACGCCUGCUGUGGCAGCCCCCACACCCCUCCGUGGUGGUGCUGCCACAGCUCCCGGAGCCAACAGAGACGCGGUCCCCGGGGGCCCGCACAUAAGCCAGCGCCUGCGGCACACUGGCGGGGGGGCCUGCUCCGGGGGCCGAGCCACCUCCCUGGGUCUCCCCGUGAACUCCAGGAGGCCGCCACGCCUCCCUCAUUCCUGCUCUCGGGGCGGAGGAAACUGGGGCAGAACGCACGUCAUCGCCAAAGCAACGGCAAGUCACAGACUCUGGAUUCAAGUGUGACUCCAGCACUAGAAGAAAACGUGAGAAUGUAAAAUUAAUCUUGGCACGAGGACAGCCUUUCUAAGCAUGAGACAAAAAUCAUGAAGGAAGAAACGGAGAAGUUGGCCUCUGUGAAAAAUGGCAGUCUCCGGCAUGGAAGCAAAGAGAACAAGAGAACUAGAACAGAAGGAAAAUGACCCCGUUGGAAACACACUGGCGGCAUGUGAGGAACGAAGGGACGCUUGUUUCAGAGUUCCUGCAAACCAGGACGAGGACGAGGACGAGCCGGCAGAAGGCAGGCACGCGGGCCAUGGAAAGAGGGAACGGUGAAAGAACUGAAUUGCAAUAAAUACAUGAAAAAGAUACUCCAGCUCUCGCAAAGUUAAAGAAAUGCAAAUUAAAACCAUGAGGCGAUGACAUCCGCCUUCAACACUGGAAAAAUAUAUUUUCCAAAAAUGCUAACCGUUAUUGCUGGCUACGGUGUCCUGAACUCAUGAGCACUCUCCAGUGAUCGGCAGGGCUGUCAAUGGGCUGCAGCAGGACGGCAACGAGAAAUUAUGCCCCCAGAUGGAAAGCGCACGCUCUAAUCCAGCCAAUCCACUUCCGGGGACUUAUUUGUCCAGGCGGGGCAAGACCUGGGUGCUGGGUGUCUGUGGCAGCAGCUGGGGAGAUGGGGAGGCCCGACCAGACUCCUGUUCCUCCCUCCAGAGCAGAGCUAUUCCCGGAGGGCAGCUGCCCAGCCAAGGGCCGCCCUUCCCAACACCCACCGCAUCCACACGGGGCGCUGUGCCUGCGGCUUGCCACAGGGGUGGGGUGGGGGGGGUUGGGGGGGGCGUCCAGGCGCAGCGCUACCCUCCAGCCAAGGGGCUCGCACCGUAGGGGCGACCUCCGCACGGUCCCUUCUGCCCACAGGCCGAAUGCAGGGAACUCUGGAGGUCGCAGAGGGGCAGAACGAGACUAGAUUUCUACCUUUCUCUUCCUGCACUCAGCGGCUUUUUCUUUGCCAUAACUAUGUAUUCUCUGUAGUUUGGAAAAAAAAAAACAAAAACCUAGCGAAUACAAAAAGUGAUGUUAAAAAGUCUCCAUUGAGAACAGUUUCGGAAGAAGAUGGCCUGUCUGGAAGCGGUUUCGUGGAGUGAGGGGGAGGAAGCGUGUUUGGAGGAGCUGCGGUGUGGGUGGAAAGCAAGGCAUCGGGAGGCCCAGAAUGUUCAGCUCCCCUCUCGAGAAGCCUGGUCGGAAAGGAGGGAGGGUGACCGUGGGUGGCGGGUGAAUGGCGUUCGCUGCUGCACAUACAGCUCGCUAAGUUUCCAGGCAACUGCACCUCAGUCUCCCAGGCACCAUCUGCGGCUAGCGUGGCCUGACCGUGGGGACACUGUCAGGGCGCUUCGUGGGGGUCACUCCGGGUUCCUUCUUUCUCAGUCUGGGCUUAGCUCCUUCCCCACCGGAAGCCUACUCUCCCCUUUCCCGGGGAGUGCGCCCCUUCGAUGGGUGCUUUUCAUCCUUGAAUGUGCCUCUGAACCUCCUGAGGGGUGGGGGGCGGCGGAAUCUUGCUGGAAUGCAGAGUCUGACUGGGGAAGUCUAGGGAGGGGGGCCUGAGACUCUGCAUUUCCGACCGGCUCUGCAGCGAGGCUGACCUGCGGUGCACGGACCACCGCUGCGGCAGCAAGGUCUCACAGGGCCCGGCGAUGGCCGCACAAGCCGCAGACUCGGCGAACAUUCGCUGCACUCGGUGGAAUUAGCUAUUUUUUUUUUUUUACUUCGUUAGUUUUAUUGAGAUGUAACGGACUUACUCGUUUCAAGUGUGCAGUGUGACUCACUCUAUGUAGAGAUCACAAAAUGACCGCAAUACGUCUACUGAACCCCCAUCGCUACACAGUGACAUUUUCCUCUGAUGAGGACGUCGAAGACCGAGUCUCUCAGCAGCUUUCAAGCACACCCCGUGAUGAAGCGCGGUCACCCUGUACCGAGUUCGAGGACUUCUGAUGUUUAAGAAGCUAAUCCUCCGGCCCUUCUCCCUCUCCUGCCACGGUCCUGGGUUUGUCCUUUUCUCCCCCAGGUUCUUGAAAUAAAGCUCAGCGGCCCCACCUGCUCACCUCACAUGCGUCCCCAGCUUGUCCCAUCUGCCACCCACCCCGUCACCCCGCGACGCGGCGCGCGCUGAGGACACCCUCAAACAGCCGUCCCGGUUCUGUCCUGGUCUUGUCACACUUCCCCAUGGCAGCAGAAGCGCCCACUCCCUACUUCGUGAGAAGUGUGUCUUUUCUUGGCUCUGGGAACAUCUUUUGGUCGUCUUCUCUGCGCAUAUUUAAAUGAUUUUUCCCUCCACUUACCGUUUGCCUCCUCGUGUCUCAGUUCCUGACCCCCGCCAUCCACCAGCUGCCCCAGCAGCUCCCCCAUCUAACCCGCGAGCAAGUCCCCCGACGCCGGCCUCAGCCGGCUCCCGAGCGGGCACAGCGCCCUCGUCCACGGUCAGAGCUGCAGGGAGCAGCCCAGCGCUUUUCCGGAGCGAGGCACUGGCUUCUAGUAUCUGUUCCAAGCCUGCUCGCUCCCGUGUGACCCUCCCCAGGGACACCAGCCUCCAGGAAGCAAGACGGCACCUGGGGGCCACCAAGUGGGCCCAAGGCUAUCAGCGAUGGUAUCAAGGUGUGGCUUAGGGGAUCUGCACCCCCUCACAGUCCCCCAGAGACAAUCUCCGUGAAAGGAGAGAGAGGAAGGGCGGGCGGGGGAGGCCAGAGCACCCCUGGAGGACCCGCAAAGCUGGCCGACUGGUUCCCCUACCAAUGCCCAACUGCCAACGCAAGGGGCCCGGGCGCAGCGGGCAAGACCCCCGCGUUCCGAGCCGCCCUCUGCACGACCGCCAGCUCAGACAUUUUCCAGCCUCUGCCAAUGAGCAAAGCCUGCCCUUCGCUGCCCGUCCGCUGCCGAGCUCACAUCAUACUCCAGAGAGAACCAAAGCAGCCGUUCGGAUGGGGUGUCCUUACCAUCCGUCUGCCGAACAAAGCUUUUCCACAGUGACCAACCCCAGGCGGAGGCUGAGGUGUCAGCCCCAGGGCCUUCUGAAGCCAGUGUCCCUAUCGCCACCUCCCAGUGUUCCCCGCCUGCAGUGUCCAUGGAGGCGGCUCCCUCCACCGGUGCCCGGACCCCAUUCAAAGGACCGGUCAGGCCCUCCCAGUUCUGAAUGCUCCCUGGGCAUCUGCAAACCCCCAGCCAAUGAUCGGGCAGCCAGAACCAAUGACUCACGCGGGCUCGAAUGGAGAACACGGGAAGGAGCAACGCCCAGAUCGAGAAGACCCGAGCUCCUCCAGGGGACCCAGCAGGCCAAGCUCCCCGACAGCCGGGGCUUCCCCAAGGGCAGCCACAGCUCUUCCAUCCCAUUCACUGAGAAGCCGGCUUGUGGGUGCCAGGCGCUGUCCUUGGUGCUGAGAGCAAAUAUCCGGCCUGAAGGAGGAAGGGCUCGCAAUCUGGCCGAGAAGACAAAACAGCUACAGAAGGAGGAGAAAUGCAGAACACUGAACAUGCAGUGAGGGCAAGUAAAGACAGGACGCGUAACUCUACUCCAGAAAGUACAAGCGUCAGAAGACUUCUCAUGGAGAAGAGGUGGAACCUGAGAAGUAAGAAUGUGCCCAAUGGGCAAGGGGAGGGAAAGCAUCCAGGGCAAGCAGAGCGUGUGAGCAGACAUGUGGCGUUCUAGGGCAAGAGAGCUCAGGGUGGCAAGAAUGAAAUGGGAGGGGGCCCCUGGGUGGCUCAGUGGGCUAAAGCCUCUGCUUUUGGCUCAGGUCAUGAUC